CUAUGAUAUGACGUCUUACUGGACGUGACAAACAUUUUUUUUUUAUAUUCUCUAAUCGUACGAUUCGUAAAAUGCUUUUAAUUACGGUUCUCUUUGUGUCAACGUAAAUAUAUUUAUUAAUUGAAUGAAAAUGUAAACUACGUACUUGCAAAAUGGGUUCUGAACAAAGCUCACAAAGUGGUACUCAGAGCACAAGUAAUGGCAGAGCAAGGACUGGACAACUUCGUCGUGGUAAAAGCGUUCCAAACAGCGAAAAAGUGCCAGAAGAUACUCCACCUAGAUGUACAAGUCCUGGUGCUAGCAUAUGUUCAGAUUCUGAUCUACCAUAUAUAUCUUAUACUGUAAAUAGACCUAUCGGAGACUCUCCGAAGAUGAGCAACAAACAAUUACAAUUGUAUAGGGGAAAAAGUUUAGGAGCACAGGAUAUAUCAAGGAGGAGAAAUAGCUUCACUCAUAGUCAUAGAAAACCAUUAUCUGACAAACUUCAUAAUAUUGUGGUGGUAAAACCAGCUGCAUCGGAUCCUAGCACGGAAAAAGAUCCAGAUCUAGUCAAAUUACAAAGUAUUCCCAUGUUUCUACCAAUUAUGCGUGGAACUUUGAAUCUACCACCAGGAGUAAGAGAUCCAGAAGUUCUUGAAAGAUUGGAUCCCAUUGGAUUAUUUAAUGUAUGCGCCCGAUAUCAACAUCAUCUUAAUACUAAUGCACAAAUGAUAGCUGGAGAACAAGCAGCUCUAUGCAUUAAUCUUGAAGCUGAAGUUAAUAGAAUUUUGAGUCUGGCUGUAGAAAGACAAAAGAAAUUUGCAAAAUUUACGGAACAACUAAACAAAGUACAUGAACUUAGCAGACAACUGACCAAAUGUCAUUCGCUUCUUAAUCAGACAUUAGAGAGUCUUGAGACACUUAAUAAUUUCUUACCGAUCGAAGACAGAUUAGAACCAUUUGUAUGGACGACAGGAUAGAUACUAAUAUGACAAUUACGAAUCUAAUAGCUCGAAAAAAUAUUCUUUCAGCUUGAUGCAUGACGUACAAAGAUUUAAACUCUAGAAAUGCCUACAUAAGUUCUAUUCUCUGUCUACAAAUCAACACCCCAUUAUAAAACUAGAUGUGAGUAGAAUGAAUAUGGAACUAUAUAUAUGGAACUAUAUAUAUGGAACUAUAACUAUACUUAUAAGUGAUUUGAAUAGUUACCACUUUGGAUUACAAGGUCUACCUGCACACUAUAUUUAGUCAUAUAGAUUUCUAAUAUUUACACCAAUAUUGUAUAUUAAAUACAAUGCGCUUAAUCUUGAAAAACAGGGAUUUGUAUGAUACAUCUAUUUUCAUGUGAAUUCAACGAUUGUAUAAUAAUAAU